AAUUUUCUGUAUCUUCUCACAGCCUCCUCCGUGAUUAAAACCCUAGAUUCAGGGAGAAGAGCGAGAAAUUUAAUAUUUAUUCAUAUUCCCUUUUUGUUCCGAAACACGAAGAAGAAAUUCUAUGGAUUUGGAUCAGUGGAUAUCAAAGGUUAAAGACGGCCAAUAUCUUUUGGAAGACGAGCUUCAACUUCUUUGCGAAUACGUAAAAGAAAUCCUCAUUGAGGAGUCCAAUGUGCAACCCGUCAAUAGUCCGGUAACCGUAUGCGGUGAUAUCCAUGGCCAGUUUCAUGAUCUAAUGAAGCUUUUUCAGACAGGAGGUCAUGUACCGGAUACAAAUUACAUUUUUAUGGGAGAUUUUGUUGAUCGAGGUUAUAAUAGUCUUGAAGUUUUCACUAUUCUUUUGCUUCUUAAGGCUAGGUACCCAGCUAAUAUCACACUCUUGCGGGGAAAUCAUGAAAGCAGACAGCUAACUCAGGUUUACGGCUUCUAUGAUGAGUGCCAGAGGAAGUAUGGAAAUGCUAAUGCAUGGCGGUAUUGUACAGAUGUUUUUGACUAUCUUACACUUUCAGCAAUUAUAGAUGGGACUGUACUUUGUGUACAUGGUGGCCUUUCUCCUGACAUACGGACAAUUGAUCAAAUAAGGUUAAUUGACCGGAACUGUGAAAUCCCUCAUGAAGGCCCAUUCUGUGAUCUCAUGUGGAGUGAUCCUGAAGAGAUCGAAACAUGGGCAGUCAGUCCACGUGGAGCAGGUUGGCUAUUUGGGUCCAGGGUCACAUCCGAGUUUAACCACAUAAACAAGCUUGAUCUUGUUUGCCGAGCUCACCAACUUGUGCAAGAGGGUCUCAAGUAUAUGUUUCAGGAUAAAGGCCUAGUAACAGUGUGGUCUGCUCCGAAUUAUUGUUACCGUUGCGGUAAUGUAGCCUCUAUAUUGAGCUUCAAUGAGAAUAUGGAGAGAGAAGUAAAGUUCUUCACUGAAACUGAAGAGAAUAAUCAGAUGAGAGGUCCGAGGACCGGAGUUCCUUACUUCUUGUAGUCAAAGUGAGUCGCAUCAGUACCUGUUAAAUUAUCCAAGCAGUUGGUUGUUCGAAGGAAGGUGCAGACAAGGAAGCGUCGGUACAAUGCUAGCAGCGGAUGGACCUGUUCUGGAAAUGUGGUUCUGCUCCGUCCAAGCUACUUCUGGGUAUUAAUGGGUCGUGUAAUGUCGAGUCUUGUCUGAAGGUUGCUGCAUGGUUGCAACAUACCUUUUCCCUAUAAUAUUUUUUUUUCUAUUUUCAUUGCCAUUAAUAUGUGCUACUUUUGAUGUCUGCUUUAUAUUCCUGGGUUCUGCAUUUGUUUUCUUAUUUGUAUACUGCUUCAUCUAGUUCUCAUGUUUAUCAUUGUUUUUUCAUUUUA